AUGGCGGAAGCUGUACAUGAAAUGAAAGAUGAAAGCAGCAAGAAGACAAGAGCUGCAUUAUCGAUAAAACUGGUAAAACAAGAGAAAUCUUCGGGAAGUGGGGAAGAAAUACUCAGGGUGUGCGGCCGCGACUUCAUCCGAGCGAUCGUAGAAACCUGUGGGUCUUCUCGCUGGGCGAGGCUUCUGGAUGACCAGAACGAUCCUUUCCAGAUCUCAGAUGAUAAAGAUUACUCCAAGCAGAUGGACACCAUGAGAAAUCCUCAAAUCUUUGGCAGUGACAACAACCAGGAAACCGAGCCAUCUUAUGCUGAUCAAGUGUUUGACGAAUACAACAACCAGUAUGAUCAGGCACCAGGGGAUUUCAGUGAGUACAUUCGCCAGAUUGAUGGAGGCAGCAAUAAAGGCCACGCUUUUGCAUCAACACUGGUGCAGCAUCAACCGUGGGCCAGAUCCAUCAGGAAGAAAAGGGAUGCAUUAACAUCAAUGUCAACCAAAUGCUGCUCUGUAGGCUGCACCAGACGAGAGCUCAGUGCAAUCUGCUGA